AUGCCACCGAAAGCUGCAGAUGACUCGAAGCGACGCACUACUACGCGCCGGAAAGUUGCCCUGGCAUGCGAGUCGUGUAGGGAGAAAAAGGUCCGCUGCGACGGGAAUAAACCUAUCUGUGGGCCGUGCACGAGACGGGCGUAUCGGAUUGACCAGUGCGUCUACAAUACGGAUAACGCCCGGUCCGCCGGCAGAGACGAAUGGUAUCAGACUCUUUGUCAGCGAAUCAGGGAACUGGAAGAUGCAUGUCUGAGGGCUGGGGUCUCCAUCGACUCCUCAUCGGGCCCUCAGGCUCGACGCGAGCCUCUUCGCGAACCUAACGGGCACGGUGGAAUCCCAGUUCAGAUGGGCAGUCCUUCCCUGACGGUUCCCCAUCACUCUGGUGAAACUGCUGGACCAAAUCCGGGUCCCACAAGCUUCGGAGUCAGAGUCACACCGGGACACCGGGUGCUAUCCACACUCAGUGAAAGCGCAAACAGCCAGUCUGGAACGGCAGUACCAGAAGCUACAGAGUGUACACAAAAUGCAGGAGCCUACGAAUCGCCGUUGUUUGAUGAAGGAGGAGGGCACGUCACCGGAAUGGGCCAGAUCAUGGCCCUGGAUGAUGAAAGCAGGCGGCAAUCCUCCCGAUUCCAGUUUUAUGGUACUUCAUCCACCGCUUCGCUUAUGCGGUUUGCCUGGCACUCCAUGCCUUCGCGACCAGCGAAUGCUUCGUCUUCGGAACGUAUGUCCAGUACUCUUCAGGACAAUUUCACUGAGUACCGGUACGACGAUUUUGUGCUGCCACCUCGGACACUGGCAGACCACCUCGUCAAAUCUUUUUUCGACCAUGUAUACACUCUAUAUCCAUUCUUCCACCGUCCUGCCUUUGAAGCAGCGUAUAGAAAUCUCUGGCGUGCUGGGGAUGAACAUGAGAUCCCUCUCACAGAUAUGAGAAUUGGACUGGGCUCGGGCGCGGAAUCUGGGUCUAGAUCAAUCCUCUUCCAUGCUGCAUUAAAUUCUAUCUUUGCUUUGGGCUGUCAGUUUGCAGAUAUUGUCCCCGAGGAAGUCGAGCUUGUUGCAAAUUCCUUCUUCCUUCGAGCGAAGCGAUUUAUCGGACUUGAUCUGCUUGAUCUCAAUACACUUGGUGUAGUUCAGACUUUAUUAAUCACGGCACUCUUUCUGCAGAGCUCUCCUUAUCCCAGCCGAUGUUGGAAUUCUAUUGGGGUUGCUUGCAGGGUUGCCCUGGGCCUAGGACUGCAUGAGUCGGAUACUCUGGCCACCUUAACGCCUUUGGAAUCUGAUAUUCGGCGGCGAACCUGGCAUGGCUGUGUGAUGAUGGAUGUCACUCUGAGCAUGACAUAUGGCAGGCCAACCAUGACGACUCAUUUAGCCCCUCUUCCUCCACCUGAUACCUCUGAUACGUCCGGUCAAGAUGGGGCCGAGGACCCAUCACUGAUGGCAUUCUAUACUGAGGCCAUUAAGCUUUACGGUAUUCUAGACAGGAUAUUAUCCGAUGUAUACUACGCUUGGCGUGGCCAGUCACAUCAGCAUCAACCAGAGCCCUCAACUAAGAGCCUGGGGGGUCUGGAUAUCGUCCUUGCGACCGAAAGAGAACUCACAUUGUUCGAGGCGAACCUUCCGUCUUUCCUCAAGUGGAGCUCAGGUACUUCGACCAUGCAUUCAGAUAGAGGGCUGAAUCAGGCAAUCGCUAAGCAACGAAACGUUCUUCAUGCUAGAUACCUACAUCUCCACCUCCUUCUACACCGCCCUAUCUUCACCCAACUCUACUCAGCAAGAGUACGGGAGCGCGAGUCUGCAGACGAGUCUAACUCACAAGAGAGCCUGUCCUCUCCAAGCUUCACCGCUCGGAACACCUUGUACUCCUCUAUGGCUACCAAGUCCGCAACCGCCUGCGUUAUGGCAGCUAUUGACCUCACGCACCUAGUCCACGAGACCUAUCACACCCCUGCCACUGAUGCAUGGUGGUACAAUGGAUUCUAUGUGUCAACCGCCGCAAUAGUGCUCCUCAUUUCCUUUUCCGCUCCAUCAAUGAUUCCUCCAUCCGCUAUAGAUAAAGCCCGAGAAGCCUGGAAAGAAGCCACAAGCGUUCUGGAGUCUAUGGCUACAGUUAGUCCAUCUGCGAGCAACACCCUACGAUUUCUCCGGACUGCAUAUCACCAGGUGGUCCCCAGUGACGUGCAGCAUACAGAGGAUGGAGUUGCUAAUGUUGAUCCUUCGUUGCAUCCAAAUAACAUACCGCAGACUCAUGAUACAUUUAAUCACCCUGAUCACGACUUAUUGCAGGCCCCAUUCUUCAGUUGGGAAGAAUAUGCGGCAAAUAUAGGUCAGGGGCUGGGUGAUAUGGGGUUCUUGACGCGACUUGACUUUCCUGAUACUAUAGGUUGA